UUUCUUCUUCUUCUUCUUCCGUGCGAAAAUCACCCCGAGCUCCGGCUGAAUGGUUCGCUCCCGAGCUUUCCGCGAAUCGUAUACUCCGGAAUAAUCGACAGCAGUACAAAUCUUCACAGCUUCGUCUAUGAAAGAGUUCGACAAGUUCGCCAAGGAAAAAAGACAAUCAUGCUGCCCAAGUUUUCAAUCACCUCGUUGCUGUGCCUCUUUUUGGUGACAAUUGUGCAAGCGGAAUCCAGAGAAAUUACGCACGAGGACAUAAAAAACGCGAUGCUGAGUAUGGUCCACAUGCUGCGGGAGAACACGGAAAGACUCGAGCGCCAUGAAGCGAGAGACCGACAAACCUCCCAGCAAUUGCAAAAGAGCGUCGUGCAGCUGACCAAGAAAUUUUCAUCCCUUGACAACAUAAUGGCCUUUUUCGACAAACUGGAGGAUCGCGCUACUGGCAUCGAGCAGGCCAUCGCCCAGAGGGACGAGCGGGAGCGGAUCCAGAUUCAAAAGAUGACGGACACGUUGGAGGACCUGCAGAGUCGACUGGAAGGCUGGGCCACGGAGAUCGAGUCCAAGGUCGUCGAGGGCACGAGCAAAGCGUUGCCGACGAUUCCAACGCCGGUCGACCCCUCGCCGGACAUCCUGGCGAGGAUCGAGGCCAGCGAGGCAAAGAUCGCCGACAAACUCGAGAAGAAGCUCGACGAGCUCGGCACCGGCCUACAGGCAAAGAUCGCCAAGGCCACCAAUCAGACCGUCGUAAGUAACGCGCUCGCCGAGCUCAAAGAGAUCGGCAAGAAAAUCGAGGACUUGGCCCAAGCCGUGGGACAACUCGAGAACGCGGCCGCAGUCACGCCGACGGCAACGAGCGGCGCCGCGACCGAGGACCUCAACGUCAAGAUCGGCCUCGUACAGGAGCUCUUGCACAACGCCCUCGACAAGAUUCGGGAUCUUCCGAGGAUCUCCGAGGUGCAAACGAUGCACAACGAGACGCAAAUGUCGCUGGAGGAAGCGAGGCACGCCCUGCAGGACGCGGUCGUCCAAGGAAACGAGGGCAUCGCGACUAGGAUGUCCGAGAACAGAGAGGAGGCCCGAGACUCCGUUACAGCGCUGAGAUCCGACAUGGCGAACCAAGCAGAGCGCACGAAUCAAGAGCUGCGCGACCUCGGCAAGGGCCAAGCGGUCAUGGUCGAGAUGGCCGACCACGUGUUGGACACGAAGAAGCGUCUCGAGCACGCUUACAAGAUAAUGCGCGAGGUGAGCGAGCUCGUGAUGGUGCAGGGCUUGAACAUCAACCACACCCUCAACAGCCGCUUCGACGGCAUAUCCAACGACAUAAUGGACAACCAAAACGGCGCCCUGGCCAAUCUGACCGUAAAAAUGGAGCAGGAGAUGAAUCAAGUUUGGAGACAGAUAAACGUCAUGUACCAGCAGAUGAUGGAGAGCGCCAAGGCCCUUGACAAGCUCCACGAGCAGAACGAGGCCUACGUUAACGGCACGACCUCGACGAUGGACGGCAUGGAGAGCAAGGUCGGCGAGAUAACGAAGCGCAUGAGCGAGGUGGACACGAACCUCAACUACCUGCUGGGCCGGUUGUCGCUCGUCACGCAAGAGUUCAAUCAGAUCAAGCUGGGCCUCGGGGCUGCCUUGGACAACAUCAAGGCCUCGUUCAAGGAGGUCCAGGAGAAGGCCAACGAUCUCAGCAAUCCGGGACCCCACCCGGUGCCCCAGAACUACAACGAGCUCGACUCGCCUGACGACGCCGAAAAACCGACUCCUCCGUCUACCUAAAGUAUAUUUACAUAUAUACACGCACAUGUAUUACAUUAUAAUAUAUUAUGAUGUCCUGCACGUGUGUAAUAGGUAUAUUUAUGUAUACACAUGACACGUCAUGUAUUGUGCGUAUUUUGAUGAUGAUGACUCGGGAACGUGGCUCGGCAUAAAUAUGGAAAAAAAAAAAAAAACAGAAUUCAUAUAGUAGUAUAAAUAGGUCGAUCAAGCUGUUUCGCGUGUAUGUGUGGGUUUUAUGCGAGUGCGUUAUAUAUACAUACAUACAUAAUGAUGGGACGAGAAGGCCGUUUGUCAAAUCUUUUGUUUCAUCGCGUAUACUUAUACAUAUAGAUACAUUUUUUUCAUCCGGAUAUGCUGCAAUACCUAUAUACAAUAAUCGUUGGAGGAUGAAAAAAAAAUUAUCGUGCAUUUUAAGGAAGGACUAUUUGAGAGAGUAAUAAGCCGCCAAAGCUGUCAUAUUAUGUCUACCGAUGUAAACGAACAAUGUAUUAUCGUCAAAUUGGUGCGACAACAAUAUAUUAUACAAUAUAUAGCGUAAGUGCAUCAUCGCGAUCGACGUAGUUAUGCUUUUUCGCUGUAUCAAGUGUAGUGAAUAAAAAUUCUUUUUACGACUCUUUA